AUGCAGGACACCAGAGUUUUCGACGCGUCGAUGCCGAUCCUGAGGAAAGCAGUCAAAGAAAAAAUCUUUAAGCUGCACCCUGAAGUUGCUGUCCUCCUCAAUCAAGGUCACGUCGUUCAAAUCAGGGACACGCGCUUCAUCGUCAGGUGUGGACGUGCGCAGUGGGCGGUAAAGCACAUUCACAUCAGCAAGAGGUCGUGCCACGUAAAAAUCUUCUGGCCAGAAGACAACAAUGAGCUGCCGUCCUCAGUUCUCGAGACGAACUGCACUAUUGUGGAGGAACCGCCCGCAGCAAACGAAGAAGUUCAAGAAAAUGAAGAUCAACCAGCACCACCACAUAAGGCCGCCACUCCACCCGUCAUGAGCAGCCCUCAAGUUGCCCAGAGCAACUUGAGAGAUGGCCAGAGCACCGCUCCAAGGAUGCUGGCUUCAACUCCAACUGUGUCAUUAGCCGAGGUUGUUGGAAGCGGUGCAAAAAAGGAGAAGUCGAAGAGACGUCAGGAAAUCGAGGAAGAGAAGACGUCUGCUUCUACUUCAGUGGCCGAGCCAAUUGGCCAGAUCACAACUCCGAUCGGCCAAGAUCGAGCUGCAGACGUCGCCGAGACCAGCGCUCCAGUCGAGCAGAAAGCCAUGCUCUCUCAAAACUCCACUGAGCAAGAGUCCAAUGGAAAUCACGCCACUCCCAGCUGUUCAGCACCCGUCAAUGUUAUCCUCACCCCAAAGAGGAAGUACGAAAAGAAAAAGCCGGCUAUGAACAUGGAAGCGUUCAACGGCGCGCCAGCUGCAGUGGAUUCCACCAAAAAAAAGAGGAAGUACGAGAAGAAGGUCAAGGAGACGAAACAAAACAGUACUUCUCCAACCGUCCGGGAUGUGGUCAGUGCCCGAAUCGCAGCAUUCCCCCAAUCGGUCGCCCACCCAACGGCACCAACUGCUCCAAUUCGUCAUCCUUUCGCAGCCGCCUUGGCUCCAACCGCUUCAUUCGCACCGCCAUUAUUCUACCGUCCAACCACUCAUCCUCAUCCAUUCAUGCCCACUCCCUACGUUCAACAUGCUCAUCAUGCUCAUCACGCAGUGUACCGUGCGCACACCGUACCGCUCCCACCUCCGAUGGUCCAUCAAACUGUACCGGUCCAUCAAACUGUACCAGUCCACCAAACGGUACCGGUCCCAUCUGUGAUUAUCCCGCCACAAGCUAAUCGAGCUGCUCAAGCCACCGUCCAGGAGCUUCCAACCGUCCAGGAGCCAAUUGGAGUCGACAGCUGGGCGAAAACAGUGGAUGUGAUUCAUGAGGCUCACCGAAUCCUCCAUGAGAUCUAG